AUGUUGAAGUUCUAUAUUUACAGUAUUGUGAUACCACUACCUGCAGAAUUUUUGGAAUACUUACACACAGAUGGAGUUGUGUUGCCAGAAGGGAGUCUGAUAACUUCAGGAGACAGGGACUCAGAUGAAGACAGGGUUGGAGAAGAGUUAGAUGUGAACUGGGAUGAUGAUUCAGUAGAGGCACCUGCACCAAGUUUUCCAGCUUUUGAUGCAGCCAUAAAGAAGGCCAUUAAAAUGCUUGGUGGUAAAGUGUUCCCAAAACUUAACUGGAGUUCUCCCAAGGAUGCAACGUGGAUAGCCUUUGACAAAAGUCUAAAAUGCACUUGUCCUAGUGAUGUGUAUUUACUACUGAAGAGUUCAGAGUUCAUAACCCAUGACCUCACUCAACCGUUCAUACAUUGUGAAGACUUUGAUGAGAAUGGUGAUCAAGCUAAUGUAGGAUACAGCUUAAUAUUAAGGAAAUGGCAGGACCUAAACCCAGGAUAUGAAUUCAGGUGUUUUGUACGGAAUAACAAGCUAAUAGCCAUAUGUCAAAGAAACCACACUGCUUAUUAUGAAUUCUUCAGACAGGAAAAAGAGGAUAUUUUAUCAGACAUACAGUCAUUCUUUUAUCACUUGGUCAGUUUGAAAUUUCCUAAUGAAAAUUAUGUAUUUGAUGUGUACAGAAGAGAUCAGGGGAAGCUACUCUUGUUAGACUUCAAUCCCUUUGGAGAAGUGACAGAUGGAUUAAUGUUUACAUGGGAUGAGCUGACGGAUAGUGACUCAGAACUCAAAGGCACAGACAACGAUACACAGCAUCCAGUGUUCAGGUACAAAAACUCCGGGGGUAUUCAGCCUAACCCUCUUUCAACAUUCGGGGUUCCCAGAGACAUUCUAGACUUGGCCACAGGAACAGAUGCCAGCAAACUUGUAGACCUCCUGAAACUUAGACAACAGCAGCAAGAAGAUUCUUCAUCUGAGGAAGAAACAGAAAACCAACAGACAUGAUAUUCUCUCUAUAUAAGGUUGAAAAAUUUACAGUGCCAAAUUCUCCAUGAAUACAAUAUAUUCAGAUUGUGUUACAUUGACAGAGGUUCACACUCUUCCUACAUGUACGUGUAAAUAUUUCCUCUGGCAGCAUUUUUUUUCUUUACGUAGAGACUUCAUAUUUCAUGCAAGUUGAAGGUGCAUUUUGUACAAUCAUAUGUUAAUGCUUCAUGAAGAUCAUUUUCAGAUACAAUAUCUUCACUUGCGAAUUGAUAUUCACAACUUGUUUUUACACAAUGUUUUCGUUGAAUGUCAUUCUUGUAUUUUAUUAUAGUUUUGUACAGGGCUGAAAAAUAAUGUUUCAUUUAAAGAUGUUCACAAAAACAUUUUUAUACUUUAAAAUAUUUUCUAAGAUUUACAUGUACUAACUUUAAAAUCUAAGUUUAAAAUAGUCAGUACAGUUUGAGACGUAUAAAUUUUUUGAGCUCUCCAUGUCCUUGUAAUUUUAGAUC